AUGCGACAAUCUGUAUUUUUCCUCCUAUUUGCUGCAUUGCAGAUACUCGUCACAGCGAAUAUACCACCUGCAAUUUGUCAACAAGCGGCUCCGAAUCAGACUGCUUUGCAUCUCCCUUCUGUCAAUGUAUCCGUCCCAACGUCACCCUGGGGACUCGCCUACGCGAGCGACGACGUUGCCUUUGUCUCCCUGGGAGCAUUCGUUGGCGUGCUGAAUACGUCUACAUGCGCUCCACGUCUUAUUCGCACAAUCGAGCUACCAAAAUAUAGCAUUCAUAGUGAUGGCUCCACCGAUGACAAUGGUGCGGCUGAGCUCACUAUUUCCAAGAAUCGGAAAGAGGUGUGGGUGUCACUUGGGCCGGGGCAAUUGUGA